AUGCCUGAUGUUCGACGUCCUGCCUCCCAGGCAAUCGACCCUACAUCUAAUAUGGUAACCGUGCGAGUCAGUUGGGAAGAUCUGUCUCAGGAUUUCUUGAUUCACGACUCCUUUCUCUGCAAGAGCUCAGACUUCUUCGCCGCUGCUUUACGAGGCGAGUGGCGCGAAUCGACUGAGCGUGUAGUCCCACUUCCGGCAGUAUUACCAGAGCAUUUUAAGCUCUACUACAAUUGGAUUUAUACUGGCAAAAUCUACAGCGCACCGGAUGGACACAUCGAGAAGGCUCUAAAGUUUGAAUCAGGUACUUUGUUCAAGAAGGAGAUGUCCAGCCUUAUUCAGUGCUGGAUCCUGGGACACCGCCUUUUGGACAUACGAUUCACGGACACGGUCAUGGACACACUCAUUCUUGUCGGCGAAGACUACCCCGGAUACAUCGACCUCAAGGAUGACCUGAAAGCAAUAUACACGGAGACGAUGCCUAGAUCUUCGCUCAGAUGUUUCGUGACCGAAUACAUCGUUCACUGUUGCAAGGACAAGACCCUUACAGAGACUUACGGAGACGUGUCCCUACCUGAAGACUUCCUUAAGGACCUUUUGUCCGGGCUUAUCGAGUUCCGGCCCUACCGGAUUAGGCCGGCUCCUAGCAUGCCCCGCUGGCGUGACGACCCUUGCGAAUUUCAUGAACAUACAAGAGAAGGGAAGCCUUGCUGGACAACUACCUGAAGAGACAAUAUAUACUUAAGCAUCCGGCUCUUCUUACAAUAGUUGGAGGUCGUGAUAGUUCGCAGGAGUGGAUUCGUAGAAAGAGGAGUUAUCGAAGUUCGACUGCACAUACAUACCACGAGUACAUUGAGAAAAGAAGCUUUGCUACAAAGAAACCCUCUGAACCAACCCCGUGCAGCUCAACCCCCGCCGCGUUAGGAGCCGGGGGAUAUGCGGAGGAUUUAGGCUAGGAGGAAAUAUCGGAAGUACAUUCACUCAGCCCCUACAUCGGUCUACGAAUGCUCAUGGCAUUUCUGCUUAGUCUU